AUGACAAGCCCAAGCCCAAGCCCAGCGGCACCUCUCGACCCCGAAAAGAACAGACAAGACACACUCCCUCUCCCGCUCUGGCGCAAAUGCAUCAUCCUCUUCGUCGUCAGCUGGAUGACCUUCGUCGUCACAUUCUCCAGCACGUCGCUCCUCCCCGCGACGCCCGAGAUCGCAGCCGAUCUGCGCACCACGCCCGAACUGCUGAAUGUCACGAACGCGGGCGUGUUGCUGGCCAUGGGCUUCUCGUCGCUUAUUUGGGGGCCGCUGACUGCGCUCCUGGGGCGUAGGCUUGCGUAUAAUAUUGCGAUUGGGGCACUUUGUGGGUGUUCGGUUGGGACGGCGGUUGCGGGGGGAAGUACGGUGUUUACGGCUUUUAGGGUGCUGGGCGGGUUGACGGGGACGUCGUUUAUGGUGCAGGGGCAGACUAUUUUGGCGGAUAUUUUUGAGGCGAGGGUUAGGGGGACGGCGGUUGGGUUCUUCAUGGUUGGGACCGUGACGGGGCCGGCGAUUGGACCGUGUAUCGGCGGCUUGAUCGUAACCUUUGCCCAGUGGCGGCUCAUCUUCUGGGUGCAGGUUGCCAUGGCCGGGCUGGGCCUCGUGCUUUCGCUGCUGUUCGUCCCGGGGAUCGAGAAGAGAGAGGGCGAAGGUGUUGAAAGACGUCCUUCCUCUGUGCGAGAUGUCCUCGCCAUGUUCAACCCGGUCCGAAUCUUUCGGCAGUGGCUGUAUCCUAACGUCUUGCUAUGCGAUCUAACGUGUGGCCUGCUCGCCGUCUUCCAGUACGCCCUCCUCACCUCCGCCCGCGAGAUCUUCAACCCCCGCUUCAACCUCACCUCCGGCCUCGUCAGCGGCCUCUUCUACCUCGCCCCCGGCGCGGGAUUCCUCCUGGGGAGUAUCGUCGGCGGAAGACUAUCCGAUCGCACCGUGAAACUGUAUAUCGCUCGCCGCGGGGGGCUGCGUCUCCCACAGGAUAGACUGAACAGCGGACUGGCGACGCUGUGCGUGGUGCUGCCCAUCGCGGUGCUGGUUUACGGGUGGACGCUGGAGACGCGGGCUGGGGGCAUGGCUGUGCCUGUCAUUGCGGCGUUCUGGGCUGGAGUGGGACUGAUGGGCUCGUUUAAUGGGUUAAAUACGUACGCUGCUGGUGAGUUUUUCCUUGGUGAAGGUGAAGGUGAUGCGGAUGUUGAUGUGUGGUAG